AGAGUAAGACAGUGGCGAAAACGCCAGAGAGAACUAGAUCAACUGCUACGUUAUUCUGACAGUGAUGAAGAGGGCAUUGAAAAUAAAUGCAACAGUGUGCCUUGGACUCCAAGUAGUUGUAGCAGUGACAGUGUGCCUGGGACCCCAGAUAGCUUUGUAUGUCAAACCUUUGGCCUUGUGGCCUUGUGGAAGCCUUCUCUGGCCCGGAGAAAUGUGCUGCCAGAUCUCGGCGCAAGGAAAUGUCCAAUGCAAGCAAAGCACCUCGGAGCAGAGACCUGUCGACACCCAGAUCUCGUCAUGCAGCAAGAGGUCAUGCGAGGGUUGGCCAUCGCUCCAGGUCCAGCAGUGGAUCCACCAUCAGGUCCUGGCACAGUGAUUGUUCAAGGCACACCUUCAGGUCCAGACAUGAUGGGUCCAGGCACAGUGAUGUAAGGUCCAGACAUGACGGGUCACGGCACAGGUCCAGACAUGAUGACCGAUCCCAUAGUGAUGCCCCCAGUCCCCCGGCCAGGUCCAGACAUGUUGAAAGAGCACAGCGAUGUGAUGACCGAUACCGUAGUGAUGCCCCCAGUCCCCUGGCCAAAUCCAGACAUGAUGAAAGAGCACAGCGCAGUGAUCUCAGCAGCCAUGACAGGCAUGUGUUCCAGAAAAAGGUCCUGAGCCUACUGGUCGACAUCCGCCAUCGCCUGAAGGAAACGCAGCCUGCCUCUUCAGCUGUCCAUAUAGAGAGGAUUGACACCAUGGAGGACUUUGAGUUGCAGGAGCAACACCUCUCUGAUGCACAGGCCUUUGAUACCCUGGUGCUGCAAAUUUCAAGAAUUGGUGGGCGGAACACCAAGGACUGUUUCCACAAAGUGUUGGACAGGCUCUUUACCAACAGCCUCAUGGCCAAAUUUAAUUUGAAGGGCAAGGGGAAAAGGGGGAAACGCCCUUUAGAGGGAACAAAGCUUUAUAGAGCAAUACAAGAAGGGAUCAUGAAAUUCGAUUCCGCAGCCACUGUGGAGUACAUCAAAGUGAACGUGUCUGAGCACCUCAAGCAUGCCCCACAAAGACUUGGAGGAUUCACUACGCCCUGAUGAGCCAAGACGACAGGACUUGAAUUAAAAUAGUUCAAUUAAAAGAGCUAAAUUACAAUCUAAUUAUUUGUUAAUAAUUCUGCCUCCACUGUACAUUGUGCUUGAUACUUUUGGUGCCCUUCUGAUGCAAUUCAGGGCAUUUUAUUUUUGAAUAAAGAUAGAAAA